UAUGAAAUUACAAACAAGAGUUCACUUUCGCUUUAACUGAAAGUAAAUAUGCGAUCAAAUAUCAAAUAAAAUCCCGUGACAAAUUUAUAAGAACAAUAAUAAUAUCCAAUUACUUGAAUAUUAGAACAAUGACAGCUACUAAGAAACUAGGUGAACCACCAGAGGAAAACAGCGAACAAUCUCUACCGCCGAUUGAAGAUAUAAAUUCACAAGAUGCAGAUAUUGAAGAUUAUUUAGAGCUAGACCAAGAAUUUGAUAAAAUCAACAAAUGCUUGGAUGCUUUAGAAAAGAAAAAUGAUAGUCUUCAUGAAGAAUUGUUUAAAUUAUUGGAAGAAAGUCGACAGAUUAGAUCUGAAUUAAAAGAUGCAAAUUCUGGUGCUUCUUAGAAGAUCUGUGUUGCAGCUGUAAUUCUAUGCAGAAAUUCAUAUCCAAGAUUAUUAUAUUUUAUUUAUUUAACCAAGGAUGUCUGUAAUUU